GCAACGGCGGAAAAUAGCACAAGACUGCUUUGAGCGACCACUCUCCAUUCGCGAGGCAUCCCGCAGCGCAAUUCGUUGACCCUGAUCGAUCAGAGCAACGCAAGCACCACCCGGGACACGUCGGACUGUUCCCGAGGAGGACGAUCCAUCUGUCCCGUAUCUCGGCUCACCCGAGCGGAAGAUUUUCACGCUAGAAGGCGGCCGUCCAGCAGGGCGAUACCAUUUUAUAUGACUUUACUUCGACAACGAGAAUAGAAGCUCAGCAUCGCACUUCGAGAUCAACAGAAGGAAUCAAUGGUCCAUUUUCCGUCAUUCGUAGAAACAUCCAGGAUAUCAUCCAGAAGGAAAGGAUUGGCGUGUAGCAAAGGCGACGGCGACGGUAGAGCGUUAUCAUCCGACAGACGAUCAUUAAACGGCAACACCAUCACUACCCACGAUCAUUUGUUUCCGCGCGACUUAACCCGCGAGUUAACGUCGGCAUUAUCACCAACCUGGUACCACCAAUCGCCAGGCUUUCUUAGAGCGACGAGCGACGGACAGGCAGCGUGUAUGAUCAUUGAAGACUAUCCCCGUACCCCGCCCGCCACCGCGAAACCGAGGCAACACCCGAGGCAUCAAGAUACCAUCCAACGGUUCUUAAACCUCCAUUUGAUUCUGCCCAAACACAGAACUUCAAAAUUUUCCAGUAAUAGGCAUCGGAAGCUACAACCGUUCAGAGAAACGUGACUGGCGUCAGCAGCGGGUAGCGGCGCGACACGCCUUACCGCUAAUAAAGAUUGCAACCUUGAGAAGAGGCAGAACAACCCUGACUCGACACGCUGUCACGAGCCACCGCGAGUGGGUAGCAGCAGCCCUUGCCUGCUAUUGGUCACCACCAGCUAUCAAACUGUCGCUGGCUGGAAGCGUGCAACAGAGGGGAUUUAGAAGAACUAGGACGAAGACAUUACCGACUUGAAAAAAAAAA